AUGGCAGCUACCAAUCAGACCCAUACUGUUACAGUCCCUAUAUAUGAAGCCAGCAACAAUCAAAACCAAUCUCCACCUCGAAUUCGGAGGGUUCCUUGCAUAUUGCGUCAUAUUGACAAAAACAGAGGAUGCUAUGAACCAAUGCUGGUCUCAAUUGGUCCUUUCCACCAUGGCAGACCUGAUUUACAACUUCUGGAGCCGCUCAAGAUUGAACUGGAGCAGCAGUUCAUUUCCGAUAUGGGCAGUGAAUUCCCAGCCUUCGACAGAAACUUUGAUGAGGUAGCUAUUAGAGCAAGGGAGUGCUACGAUUUGAUUGCUCUACAAUACUUCACCGAUAUGGGUACUCUCAGGGAGAUCACAAAAGAUGUUUUCAAGAGCAUCAUGUUCCGAGACGGUUGUUUCAUUCGCCAUUUCAUUCAUUGCAUGGCAGCAGACAAUCCCAAUCCCAGCGAUACCAAGAUGAAAACUGAUCAAAGGGCUUUCAUGGUGAGGGACAUGUUCUUGCUGGAGAACCAACUGCCAUUCAUAGUUCUCAAGGAACUGAUGAGCUUGGAAUUGAUCACCAAAUUCAUCCGAAGACAAAUGGGGAUCGCCGAAAACAAUUCUCCUCCAUUGCAGAAAGACAGUACUCAACCUCUUCAUCUCCUUGACCUACUUCGGAAGGAAUUAGUCCGUGAUGCACCUCCGCCUAUGUCUCAACUGAGAGGUGGCAUGGAAUUGGAUAGCUGGUAUUCAUUUCGUACAGUCACUGAGCUUAAAGCAUCGAGUAUCAGCUGCAAGAGAAGUACUUCUCAUAGCCUAAAGGGUAUCAGUUUCAAAACUGGCUUCAUCAAGGGACAUCUGCUACUUCCUCGUAUGAUCAUUGAUGACUCAACCAAGUCCAAGUUUUUAAACUUGGUAGCUUAUGAAACAUGCCCUGAUGCACCUGACGACUUCACCGUAACCUCUUACAUCUGUUUACUGGAUUCUCUCAUCGAUAGUGCCGAGGAUGUUAAAGAGCUGAGAUCAAAAGGAAUACUUCUCAAUGCACUUGGCAGCGACCAGCAAGUGGCUGAUCUCUUUAAUGACUUGACACUCGAGUUGGUGCCCGACUCUGAGCUUUAUCAAGAUGUUAAGAGUGGCAUUGAAAGGCACUACAAGAGCAAAGUAAGGAUUUGGAUGGCUGAAGUGUGUAACACAUACUUCCGUACCCCAUGGUCUAUCAUUGCCUUCGUUGCUGCUGGAUUGGCUCUCCUGCUUACCAUGGCUCAAACGUAUUAUGCAGCCAAUGACAGCUCCAAGAAGCCCUAA